AUGGCGGUGCUGCAGCUCCGUGCGGUGCAGUCUCUUCGGGUCGAAGCGGCCAAGCGCCGUGCUGGCGUGCAAGGUCUCCGCGCGCGUUCGCGCGCACCGGAGACCGUGCCCGUGCCGGCUGAGGCGUUGGAGGGCACGGUUGCCGAGUUGGCCGAGUGGCUGGUGACGGAAGGAGGCCUGGCCGGGCUGGCCGGGGCCGUGCAGCUGGGAGUGGAUGGCUUUGCAUUGCUCCCACAGGAGCCUUGCUCCAAGCUUCUCAGGAGCUCAGAUGAGAUCAUGGUCUGCUCGCCUCCGCAAGCCAUCGCUGAUGCUGCAGAUUGUGCCAUCUGGACCUCCCUUGAACAAAGUCCAGUCGAUGAGAAUCAACGAGGGCCCUUGGAAAAGGAUCAGCGAUCCGUGAGGAGAUCCACUGAAGAAGCGCCUCCCAAGAAGUCGAAGAAGGGACCGAAAGCCAUCGCCGAUGCGCCAGGUGCUCCGCUCGAGGAACCGCGGGAGAAGCCGAAAACCAUGCCUGCCCCCGAGCCUUUGCAAGGUGAUCGCAGAAACACCUCCACGCCGCAGCGGAAGACGCGGCCCCCCAGUGACCUGGAAGAGUUGCUCCAAGCACAAGAGCGAAGGAUUCAAGAGCUGGAGGAGCAGAACGCGUUGCUUCAGAGGAGCCUGGACGCCCGCGACUGUAGUGAGACGUCAGGCCGUGCGUGGGCGGCCGUGGAGGUGGGUGAGCUGCGAAAGGGGCAGGUGAUUUCCUAUCAGCUGGAUUUGAUCGAUGCCUGGAAGGGCUGCAUGAUACGAUCUGCUCCCAAGGUGGCGCUCAUCACCAAGGUCUCCCGGAACACCUCUGGACCCAGCUUCGCCCUACGCUGCGAAAGACCUCCACUGCCCAUCGUGCAGGAGCCAGCUGUGCAGAGAGCCGUCGAAGAGGUUCUGCGGCAGUGCGGCCGCAUCGACGUCCUCGUGCAAGCGGCAGCUUGGGCCACAAACAAGGUUGGCAGAGGCGCCAUGAUCCACCGCCAAGUGGUCAGCGGUCACUCCUCGGGGCCUCACCCUUCUUCACGGCCCGUCGAGCCGGCGGGCAUCACCGGCAAGACCAACGUGAAGACCCACGAGGUGGAUGUGAACGACUUCCAACGAGUCUUCGACGUGAAUGUCAAAGCUGUGUUCCUGUGUGCCAAAACAGUUCUGCCCUCCAUGCUGAAGGCUGGCUACGGCCGAAUUGUGAACAUCGCUUCCAUUUCUGGCAAGGAUGGAAACGCUGGGAUGUUGGCCUAUUCGUCUUCCAAGGCUGCGGUGAUCAAUCUCACCAAAGUCAUGGGCAAAGACUAUGCCGCCAGUGGGAAGGAUAUCACCAUCAACUGCAUUGCCCCGGCGGUGGUUCAGACUGCGAUGGUCGAUGCCAUGCCACCAGAGCAAGUGAAGUACAUGACUGACAAGAUCCCAAUGGGCCGGACCGCCAAGCUUGAAGAGGAUGGAAUCCACCUCCAGUUUUGGGGCAGAACCACAAGAAGGGCCCGAAACAGGGACAAGGAGGAGGUAUUGAUGCACUUCGUUGUCGCCGCCACCGUGCUCUUCGCCGCGUCCGGCGAGUGUUCCUUUACCACCGGAUUUUGCUUUGAUGCCAGUGGCGGCCGCACGGUCUACUGA